AUGGGCAAAGAAAAGGUUCUGCUAGCCUACUCAGGUGGUUUGGAUACGAGCUGUAUACUGAAAUGGUUGCUCGAGCAAGACUACGAGGUGAUCUGUUUUAUGGCCGACGUUGGCCAAACGGAAGACUUUGUUGCGGCACGGGAUAAAGCACUGAAAAUCGGUGCCACCGAUGUGGUGGUGAAGGACAUGAAGGAUUUCUUUGUCGAGAAAUUUGUCUGGCCCGCGGUACAGAUGGGACUGAUCUACGAGGAUCGCUACCUGCUCGGGACGUCACUGGCGCGGCCCUGCAUCUCCAAGGGUUUGAUGGAUGUUGCGGCCCAGCGUGGCUGCAGCUUCAUUUCGCACGGUGCCACCGGGAAGGGCAACGAUCAGAUACGCUUCGAGCUGAGCUGCUACGCGCUGAAUCCAUCGAUACGUGUCAUUGCACCGUGGCGCAUGGACGCGUUCUGUCAACGGUUUCAGGGCCGUUCCGAUUUGCUCGAGUAUGCGAAACGGUUCAACAUCCCGGUGAGUGCCACGCCGAAAGCGCCCUGGUCGAUGGAUGCUAACAUUAUGCACAUCAGCUACGAAUCGGGCAUCUUGGAGGAUCCAUCCGUGGCGGCACCGGAAGAGAUCUAUCAGCUCACGCAAUCGCCAACCCGUGCUCCGGAUGCACCGACCGUGGCUGAGAUUGUGUUUAAAGCGGGACUGCCCGUUCGCGUGACGGAGCUAGUCAGUGGCCGUACGAUGGAGAAACCGUUGGACAUACUUACCUUCCUCAACAAAGCCGGCGGUGAGCAUGGUGUGGGGCGCAUCGAUAUCGUAGAAAAUCGAUACAUCGGGCUGAAGUCACGCGGUGUCUAUGAAACGCCCGGCGUAACUGUGCUCCACUGUGCCCAUCGGGAUCUGGAGAUCUAUUGCUUGGACCGUGAAGUGCUGCGGGUGAAAAAGUAUCUUGCCGAUCGGAUGGCGGAUUACGUCUACAACGGGUACUGGUAUGCGCCCGAAGCUGAGUACGUGCGCAAGUGUAUCAUAGAGUCGCAGAAGCACGUGUCCGGAAAAGUCGUGGUGGAAAUGUUUAAAGGUCAUGUGAUGGUGACUUCCCGGGAGUCGAUAAAUUCCGUCUACAACCAGGAACUGGCAUCGAUGGAGGUGCAUGGUAAUUUUUCGCCCUACUCGUCGACAGGCUUCAUUGAGAUCAAUGCGGUCCGAUUAAGAGAGCAUCAUCGAGUGUUUGGUACGGCCAACAUGACCAAACAUUUCUCCCGUACGGAAUCGGACAUGAAACUCAUCUAA